AUGGCCGUCGGCAUGACGCUCAACCAGCUGUACGCCCCCCCGGCGUCGACGCCGUCCUGCGCGCCCGACGCUGCGCCUUUGUCGGUUACUGCCGCGACGCUGUCGCCACCGCCGCAGGGCCAUAGCCCGCCCAGCGCCAGUCGACCUGAGGAUUCCAAGCUCCACAGUAGUACGACGACGCCCAUGGGCGCCAUGCAGCAGCAGCAGCAGCAAAUGGAUCAUCGGAUCUAUCAGAUGCCGUAUGCCCCAACGCCGUCGCCCUAUGCGCUGCCGUACGCGUCGCAUCCAGUCACUAGCACCACUUCAACUGCUGCUACUUCAUGCCCCACGGGCCUCCUCUUCCACCCGCUGACGAAGCCCGGGCCCAGUACGUCCGAAGACUAUGCCGCAGACCCACUGCCCUUUGAGUACAGCAGUCGCAAGUACGCGCCGGCCAUGCGCGACGACGGCAACAGCCACAGCAGCAACAACAGCGCCACGUCGUCGGCCUUUACCGACUCGUACACGUCCCACGCCCUGUACGCCGCCAGUCCGUGUGCCACUCAACAACAGCCACAACAGCCACAGCGCGGAACGAGUCCCUAUGGCCACCACGCGCACCACUACGCAGACGCUGGACGAGGCAACAGCUGCUACCCCCACCCGCACGCCGACAUGGCCUCCCCACUGACCCCUCCGCGCCACUUUUCCCGCUCGUCGACCGCUCCGUCGCAGCUCUACAGCGCUAUGCCGAGUGCUAUUGGACUGCCGUCGCACGCGUUUCCCCCUCCGCCGCUGCUCGACGCCAGUGCUGCGACCAUAACGAAAAAAGAAGUCGACGUGUUUGCACACCCGUCGCAGUCGGCUGUCUACAGCAACAGCAAUAGCAGCAGCAAUGGCAAUAGCUCUUCACGAGGCGCAAGCGCUGCCGGCCCUGCGCAGGAAGCGAUGAUCAAAGUCAAGACGCCGCUCAAGCUCAAGUACUGGCGCAACGGCCGACGGAACUUGCAGUGCUUCCCGAGCUGCAAAGUCUUUGGCGACUACUCGGCCAUUAAGAUCGAAGACCUCAAGCAACACGACUUUAUGUGGGGCAAGUGCCGCGGCAGCCUCGUGACGGAAGUCACGCUCAACAGCAACGUGCGCUUUGACGACGUCGUGCUGCUGGGCCGCGUGCACUCGCUCGAGAACAUCCCCGUGGCCUUUGAAGAAGCCGUGAUCCGCGAGUGUAUGUUGGGCCGCACGAUCGCGCGCGACGAGAUGGAAGCGAUGAAGGACCAGUGGAUCAUGGGCGAACGCCUGCCGGACUUUGUGCAGCAAGAGGGCCACGUCGCGUGCUUUGAGUUCAAGCCCAAGGUGUGGAAGUACACGGAGGACAUGGCCCAGGGCAAGUGCAAGCGCCGCAACGUCAAGUACUACGUGCAGUUUGAAGCGUUCGUGCACGUGGGCAGUGCUGCUGCGGCAACGGCAACGGGAGGCGGUGACCGCCGGUACUACGCGUGCAUUGGCUCGGGCAUGUCGACGUCGUUCGAAGUCGGGUCCAGUCGAGUGCUCGCCCGUCAGAAGCGCAAGGCCGCUACGUGUGCGGCCGACUCGGUCGCUGGUAUCCCCACGAGUUUGACGGCGUCGGACCUGAUGCAGUCGCAACAGCUCUUGGCGCUCAAUGGCGGGAACGCGCUCAUGCACCACAACGUGAUGACGGCGACGCCGCACUCGAUGUACGCGCCGUCGAGCGCGUUCCAACCGCACCACGAGGGACAGGCGCGCAGCUUACCGCCGACGUUCCCGCACCCGCAGGUGAUGAUGCACCAGAUGGCAUCGCAGCCAGAGAUCGUGCACUACUCCAUGUCGUCGCAGCAACAGCAGCAGCAGCAACAGCAGCAGCAGCAACAGCAACAGCAGCAGCAACAACAGCAGCAGCAGCAGCAGCAACAGCAGCAGCAGCAACAGCAACAGCAGCAGCAACAACAGCAGCAGCUUUCGUACCGACAACAAGAGGCCUCGAGCCAAUUCUCGGUCGGAGACAAGCGCAAGAUGAGCAGCGAACGGCCGGCGUUCUUGACUGACCGCUCGGUCAAGAUGCUUAAGGUCAUGAGCGGCGUCCCGCAGUCCGUGCCGAUCUAG